UCGAAAUAAUUUCUGAUGUCUUGCUCGCUCGACAUUGUCAGCGAAGCCCUCGAGAGAACGACUGAUCGAUCGAGCACACGGUCUGCUAACCGUGAUUCUCUUAUCACUAUCACCGACGACAGAGAACCGCGCAAACGACAUAGGUGGCUGAACUUAAACAUUCGAUGUACCUCCUUAUCUAACACGUUGCAGCACGCUAUGAAUUACUUUUCAGAACGGGAAUUUGAAGUGCGAGCUUUUUCAUGUCGGUCGUUCCUGUUUGAAGCUGCAUUCGUUUUUCGAUCGAGUUUGAUUAGUGACAGAUUCAAGUUUAAUGUACAGUGUGAGUCAUGUUUGUGCGACCUCUGUACCAGAGCCGAACAAAAUAGUCAAGGAGGACCUGGCGGCACCACGAGCCAGAACGCUAGUACCCAACAGGGGCCUGGAGGACCAAUGGUACCGGGACAAAUGGGACCAAAUGGGCCUCAAGGAGCAUCUCAUCUGAUGCAGUCUGGUCCAAAUCAACUGGGUUCCAGUGGGCCUGGACAAAUGAGUGCAAGCGGUCCUGGUCAAAUGGGUCCAGGGGGUCCAGGUCAAAUGGGUCCAGGAGGUCCCGGUCAAAUGGGACCAGGAGGUCCGGGGCAAAUGGGACCAGGAGGUCCCGGGCCAAUUGGGCCAAGUCACAUGUCACAGGGAAGCGGAGGGCCACCCCCUCACAUGAGUCAGGGACCAGGGCAAAUGGGUCCAGGUGGUGGGCCUGUAUCAGGUCCACAGAUGGGUCCUGGAGGACCUCCUAAUACACAAAUGGUUCCAGGAGGACCAGGGCAUAUGAGUGGCCCUCCAGGACCAGGCCAUAUAAAUGCAAGUGGACCUCCUGGUCCAGGACACAUGAGUUCAAGCGGUCCACCUGGGUCUGGUCACAUGAAUACGAAUGGACCCCCAGGAUCAGGACACGUGAAUACGAGCGGUCCGCCAGGAUCUGGGCAUAUGACGUCUAGUGGGCCUCCAGGUUCGAGUCAUAUGAAUACUAGUGGUCCUCCUGGUCCAGGAAGUCAUUUGAAUAGUGGGCCCCCACUCCCAAGUCACAUGAACGCAAGUGGCCCACCUGGAUCUGGACAUAUGAGCGCCAGUGGCCCAGGAAGUCACAUGGGGCCCGGAGGUCCGGGACAAAUGCCACCUAGUGGACCUAAUGCUCAUAAUAUGCCACCAGGGGGUCCUAAUCAGAUGGGUCCUGGUGGUCCUAAUCAGAUGGUACCUAGCAGUCAAUCUCCAAUGGGUCCUACAUCAAUGGGACCUGUUGGUCCCGGAGGACAAAUGGGACAUAAUGGACCUUCUCAGAUGGGCCCAAAUGGGCCAGGGCAAAUGAAUAUGGGAGGUUCAUCCUCGCAGAUGGGAAUGGGGCCUGGAGGACCGGGAAGUCAGAUGGGACCUGGUGGGUUAGGCGGUCAGAUAGGACCGGGAAAUGGACCUGGAGGACAAUUAGGACCAAAUGGUCUUGGACAAAUGGGACCAGGAAGUGGUCCUGGAGGACAGAUAGCUCCUGGGAAUGGUCCUGGUGGACCAAUGGGUCCGGGUAGUGGGCCUGGUGGACAAAUAGGUUCGAACAGUGGUCCAGCGGGUCAAAUGGGUGUAGGAAACGGCCCUGGUGGACAAAUAGGAUCAGGAGGAAGCAGUGGAAGUCAAAUGGGACCAGGCACUCCUGGAAAUCAAAUGCCACCAGGAAGUGGACCUGGUGGGCAGAUGGGGCCUGGAAGUGGUCCUGGUGGACAAAUGGGCCCGGGAAGUGGUCCUAGUGGGCAAAUGGGACCAGGAAAUAUACCUGGAGGACAAAUGGGACCUGGAAGUGGACCCAGUGGACAAAUGGGACCUGGUGGUCAGAUGGGGCCUAGUGGUCCUGGAGGACAAAUGGUUCCAAGUGGACCAGGAGGUCAAAUGACACCUGGUGGUCCUGGGAAUCAAAUGGGGCCUGGUGGACCUGGAAAUCAGAUAGGACCGAAUGGACCAAAUAAUCAAAUGGGACAUGGUGGCUCAAAUAGUCAAAUGGGUCCAAAUGGACUGAAUAAUCAACCGUCUUCUGGUCAGAUGGGACCUGGUUCACAAAAUCAACCAAUGGGACCUGGAGGUUCUACGCCAAUGGGACCUGGUACACCUGUAAAUCAAAUGAGCCAAACUGGCCCUGGACAAGUUGGUCCUUCUGGGCCUAGUGGUCCUCCUGGACCUGGACAAGUUGGUCCUCCUGGGCCUGGUGGCCCUCCAGGACCUGGACAGCAAGAAAAUCUAAAUGCUUUGCAAAAAGCUAUUGAUUCUAUGGAAGAAAGGGGACUUCAAGAAGAUCCACGUUAUUCUCAGUUGCUUGCAUUAAAGGCCCGUCAAGGUAGCAUGGGUGAAAAACAAACCUUCAGUUCUCAACAGCUGCAACAGUUGCGGGUACAAAUAAUGGCAUAUAGGUUAUUAGCAAGGAAUCAACCACUAACACCACAAUUAACGCUCGCUCUGCAAAGUGGAGCACCUCCUCCCCCAGGUAUGGUACAACGUCCUCCGAUAGAUCCAUCUCAAGGAACUGCUACUAAUACAGGACCACAAAUCCCUGGACCCAACGUAAUCGGUCCUGCGGUACCUCCAAGACCGGGUUGCCAAACACCGCAGCAACAACAACCUCCUCAAACUGGUGCUAAGACUAACAGGGUGACGAGUGUGGCGAAACCAGCUGGUUUAGAUCCAUUACUAAUAUUGCAAGAACGCGAAAACAGAGUGGCAGCACGUAUAGCACUACGUAUGGAACAACUAAGCAAUUUACCUACCAAUAUGCCAGAAGACCUUCGCAUCCAGGCACAGAUAGAACUUCGAAUGCUUAGAGUAUUGAAUUUCCAAAGGCAGUUACGAUCUGAAAUUUUAGCCUGUACGAGGAAGGAUACUACCUUGGAAACUGCAGUAAAUGUAAAGGCUUACAAACGUACAAAGAAACAAAGCCUUCGAGAAGCUAGGGCCACGGAAAAACUGGAAAAACAACAAAAGUUGGAAGCAGAACGUAAACGCAGACAGAAACAUCAAGAAUUCCUUAGCUCUGUGCUUCAACAUGGCAAAGAUUUCAAAGAAUUCCAUCGGAACAACGUGGCCAAGUUGGCUAGGCUGAACAAAGCUGUUUUGAAUUAUCAUGCGAACGCAGAACGAGAACAGAAGAAAGAACAAGAACGUAUCGAAAAGGAACGUAUGAGACGUCUUAUGGCGGAGGAUGAAGAAGGAUACAGAAAAUUGAUCGAUCAGAAGAAAGACAAACGAUUGGCCUUCCUCUUGUCUCAAACUGAUGAGUACAUCAGCAAUUUGACUGAAAUGGUCAAGCAACAUAAAAUCGAACAAAAAAGAAAGCAGGUUGAAGAACAAAAGCGUAAGAAAAAAAAGAAGAAAUUGCAAGAUGGAGAAGGUGGUGAAGAUGGCGCCAAUAGCGAGGAUACUCACGUUGGAGUGAUAGAAACGGCUACAGGUCGCACAUUAGUAGGAGAAGAAGCUCCAUUGAUGAGCCACCUACAAGCAUUUUUAGAAUCUCAUCCAGGUUGGGAACCGAUGGAAUCUGAAAGCGAGGAUGACGAUGAUGAUGAUGAUGACGAAAACGGAGAUGGUGAAGAUAAGUCCGAGCACAAAGAGAAAGCUCCUGGUGAUUCGGAAGAGGAUAAAGUUAAAAAGACAAUACAUAAAGCUAAAGUGGAGGACGACGAAUAUAAAACUGAGGAACAGACUUACUACAGUAUUGCUCACACUGUUCACGAAGUGGUAACUGAACAAGCGUCUAUUAUGGUGAACGGAAAAUUGAAGGAAUAUCAGAUAAAGGGGUUGGAGUGGUUGGUUUCAUUAUUCAAUAAUAAUCUUAAUGGUAUACUUGCCGACGAGAUGGGUCUUGGUAAAACUAUUCAGACGAUAGCUUUAGUAACUUAUUUGAUGGAAAAGAAGAAAGUCAAUGGACCGUUCCUUAUAAUUGUACCGUUAUCCACUCUAUCGAAUUGGGUUUUAGAGUUUGAGAAAUGGGCUCCUAGCGUUGUGGUGGUGUCGUACAAAGGCUCACCAGCUGGCAGAAGAGCUAUUCAAUCUCAGAUGAGAGCUACUAAAUUCAACGUUUUGCUAACUACGUACGAAUACGUAAUCAAGGAUAAAGGAGUUUUGGCAAAAUUGCAGUGGAAAUACAUGAUCAUUGAUGAAGGUCACAGAAUGAAGAACCAUCACUGCAAAUUGACACAAGUUUUAAAUACACAUUACUUAGCACCCCACCGACUCCUUUUAACAGGAACGCCAUUACAAAAUAAAUUACCCGAAUUGUGGGCAUUGUUAAAUUUCUUACUCCCUUCGAUCUUCAAAUCUUGCAGUACCUUUGAGCAAUGGUUCAAUGCUCCAUUUGCAACUACUGGUGAAAAAGUCGAACUGAACGAAGAAGAAACUAUUCUCAUCAUUCGCCGUUUACACAAAGUAUUACGACCUUUCCUGUUAAGACGUUUGAAGAAAGAAGUCGAGUCUCAAUUACCGGAUAAGGUAGAAUAUAUUAUCAAGUGUGACAUGUCUGGGUUACAGAAAGUUCUUUAUAAACAUAUGCAAAGUAAGGGUGUACUUUUAACCGACGGUUCGGAAAAAGGAAAGCAGGGCAAGGGUGGCGCCAAAGCCUUGAUGAACACUAUCGUACAACUAAGAAAGUUAUGCAACCAUCCGUUCAUGUUCCAAGCUAUUGAAGAAAAAUACUGCGAGCAUGUUGGAACCCAAGGAUCUGGAGUGAUCACAGGACCAGAUUUAUAUCGUGCAUCGGGCAAAUUUGAAUUAUUGGAUCGCAUUCUCCCUAAGUUGAAGGCAACCAAUCACAGAGUAUUACUUUUCUGUCAAAUGACACAGUUGAUGACGAUCAUGGAGGACUAUUUAAAUUGGAGGGGAUUUAUGUACUUGCGAUUAGACGGAACAACGAAAGCAGAAGAUAGGGGGGAUUUAUUGAAGAAAUUCAACGAUCCUGGCUCUGAAUAUUUCUUAUUUUUGUUAUCUACGCGUGCUGGUGGCUUAGGAUUAAAUCUUCAAGCUGCUGAUACUGUAAUCAUUUUCGACUCCGACUGGAAUCCUCAUCAGGAUUUACAAGCUCAAGACAGAGCACACAGGAUUGGUCAGAAGAAUGAGGUACGCGUACUCAGACUGAUGACAGUAAACUCGGUCGAAGAGAGAAUCUUAGCUGCGGCCAGGUACAAGCUGAACAUGGACGAAAAAGUAAUUCAAGCGGGUAUGUUCGAUCAGAAGUCUACCGGCUCUGAACGUCAACAAUUUUUGCAAAGUAUCUUACAUCAAGACGAUGCUGAGGACGAAGAAGAGAAUGAAGUACCGGAUGAUGAGACGGUGAACCAAAUGAUUGCUCGAACAGAAGGUGAAUUUGAGAUAUUCCAGAAAUUGGAUUUAGAACGAAGACGAGAAGAAGCGAAGUUAGGACCCAAUAGAAAGUCUCGAUUGUUAGAGGAAGCAGAAUUACCCGACUGGUUAGUGAAAGAUGACGAUGAGGUGGAAAGGUGGACUUACGAAGAAGAUGAGCCUGGGUUCCUUGGACGAGGAUCCAGGCAACGAAAGGAAGUUGAUUAUACUGACAGCUUAACAGAAAAGGAAUGGUUAAAGGCAAUUGAUGACGAUGGGGCAGACUAUGAGGAGGAAGAGGAGGACGACAAGAAAAAGAAGAAAACGCGGAAACGGAAAAAGAAGGGCGAGGAAGACGACGAGCCUAUACCAAAGAAACGAAGAGGUGCAGGGUCUUCGAUUGACCCAAAGAUUAAACGAGCUAUGAAGAAGUUGAUUAUGGUUGUAGUUAAUUACACAGACAGCACGGAUGGUAGGCUGCUCAGUGAACCAUUUAUGAAGUUACCAUCUAGAAGAGAAUUACCAGAUUACUAUGAAGUCAUUAAGAAACCAUUGACUAUCAAUAAAUUAUUACAAAAGAUUGAAGAAGGAAAGUAUACCGACUUUGACGACCUCGAAAAAGAUUUUAUGCAGCUUUGUAAGAAUGCACAGAUUUAUAAUGAAGAGGCUUCUCUGAUACAUGAAGAUUCUAUAGUUUUGCAGUCCGUUUUCACGAAUGCUCGUCAACGUAUCGAAGAAGAGGGUAAUAAUUCUGACUUAGAUGAUAAAGGUGAUGGCGAAGAGGGUUCGGAUGCUGAUUCCAGUGUUCGAAUGAAAAUUAAAUUAAAAGGAAGGAAAGGUGAAGGUCGAGGGGGGCGUAGGAAAAGAGUGACGAAAAAGUAUAUAUCUGAUGAUGAUGAUGAUGCCGAUGAUAACUAAGAGUUGUAUGUGAUUUUAUAGGAUAUACGAGAUAAUAGGUAAGGCACGUUUAAUCAGCUAUCUUAAAUCGAACUAUUACCCAUGUGCACAAUUCUUAUUAUAUAGUUGAACUAUAUGAAAUUCCGCGGGGAUGUUGCAACGUGAUUACAGUGUGGGGGUAUUAUUACCGAUCAGAUUAUAGAUCCAUGAGAUCGAGACAACAAGUCGGUUCUGACAACUGAAACAUUUUUGGAGUCUAUAUCGAAUCCAAUUCUGUAGAUUUGAUACAAAUUGUAAUAGGUGACGGAAAAUUUUCCUUGCAACUUGUACGAUGUACAGUAAUAUUUAGCACUAAUAAUACGUAAUUUUAUUUUAAUCUUAAACCGUGGGUGUGUACCGCGAUUUAGCUGUACAUUAAAUUCGAACGAAUUCUUCUUCCUCAUAAACAGUAUAUUUUAGUUAGCGUUUUUGAGGGUGAUUAACGAAGGCAUUAUUUUAUAGAAGUAAAUGAAAUUAAUUAUUUCAAUAUAUUCGAAUAGAAGAUUAUAUGCAUACCUAAAUGAUUCUUUUUACAUAAUUUAUAUUCUUAGCCUCGUUAUUCAUACCUUUAAAACAAACGCUUUAAUGAAUGAAAAUUAGAAACAUGUAUUAACAUGUAUUUAAAAAAUUGUGUAUUCAACUUAUAUUCUCUUCGCCAUUGUUUAGAAAACACCACAGAAGUCUUCGUCUAGGGUUUCAUUUCGUAAGAAACAAUUAUUUCAUUUAUACUAUAUUGUAACUUGAUCUUACAUAUAAGUAAAUAAAUUUGAAAAAUCUUUAAACAAUA